AUGUCUCUCAGGCUAGUUGGAAGUACAGUUGACCAGGGCAAUGCAAGCAUACUUCCUCCAGCAUCCUUAAUCAAGAACCCACUAUUAUUGGUGUCCUGCACACCAUCUGUUGUUGACAACAGUCCCCCACAGCAAAACACAAUGCUAGACAAAGGUGUCACUCCAGCAUCUGGAUUGAAUGAUGGCAUCAACAGAGAACAUGAAGAUAAUACAGAAGCAAGUGCACUCACAGCACAAGUGUCUAUGCAGACAGGGCUUGGACAAGCACCACAACUGAAGGGAGUGAUGAAGAAGACAUGGCAUCCUCCAUCAAACAAAAGUGCAAGAACUCUUUGCAUGCAUUGCUACCAGAAGCAAAUUGGCAGCUCACUAGAAGAAUUCAACUCAUAUUUUGACACAUUGUCUGUGGACCAAAAGGCAAAAUACAAGGAUGAGGUGACCAAACUAGUCUCAAGUGGUGUAUGGAGCAAUGGGACAGCAGAUGUUAUCACAAAGUUUUUGGAUGGCCACAAGACUGCCAUCCUGGUUUGGUGGGUCGUGCAUGCAUGUUCCAAUGGGUAUUGGCUCUGGUUUGCAUGGAUGGAAGGGAGGAAUGGGGAGCAUGUUUAUUGGCAGGCUGUGGUGUGGUGGCAGCAGCAGCAGCAGCGCAAGGGUGGAACAGGCUACUUUGACAUAGGCCAGCAUAGCAAAUUGAACAGAAAUGAAGAGUAUGACUAUGUGUACAUUGCUACAGAUAGCUCCGAUUUUCACUGGGCACCAGCAUCCAACACAGAUCUGCCCUGA